AUGGCGACGCCAAUAAAUUUAGCAGAGUUCAGGGUUGGUGGUCAGAAUGACCGUGGGCGCACGAGAGUACUCACAGGAACCCAAAUCGAGGAAGAAAAACCUCGAAGCAACAGAAAGCGGAGAACUAAUUAUCUAUCAACACCAUUACUAUCACCCAAAGAAGUUGUGAAAUCAGCAUACGCCUCGAUAACUACUCAACAACGCAAGUACAAGGACAGAAAAGAGCUUAGUAGAAAUUAUAUCCAAGUCAGAGACAACUCCAACGGGACGAGGCAAGGGGCAGGACACAACUGGUUCGUUUUCCCAGAAAAAUCUCGGGCAAAGCUUGCAUUCAAUGACGUUUUAGAGUCUUGGCCUCACUUUCUAGAAAAGUACGGAAGAUGCGUAGAAAACCAAUCAGACACAAAAUUACCCGCUUGUUUCAAGGGGAGUGGGCUAAUGAUCCCCCCUGAAUCACACGACGAACCACAGAGAGUGGAGGCUGUUAAAGAAUAUUUAAACAGAAGGCAAUGGAACAAGUUAGCAUGCUUCAGGAGUCUCAUGGCAAAUAUGAUGUCGCAAUACCAAGUGUCGGGCCUAACGAUAUCACUAGUAGACCGAUCAAGACAGAUAGUAAAAUUUGAGUUUGGAUUUCCCAUUAGCAACUUCUCCAGGAGUAUCUCAAUAGACGGACAUGCAAUACUAUCGAAAGAUCAUUUUGUUCUUCUUGAUGCAAGCCAAGACUGGAGGAUGAAAUACAAUCCAUUCGUUCAUGGCCAUCCCUUCAUUAAAUUUUAUGCCGCCGUUCCCUUGAUGAGCCCAGAUCGUUACGUGAUCGGAGCAGUCGCAGUAUUUGACAGCUAUAUUCGUCAGAAAAUACCGGAAAAUCUAAUCGAGACUCUGAAAAGUCUGUCAAGAAAAUUAUCCGACUUCAUCAGUGCCGAGGCCUCAACAGAACUUUCGAAAACUGAGCCAGAAACAAAAAAUGGGUCCACGUAUGAGAGGCUCUUGAACAAAAAUAUAGUCUCGUCGAAGUCGGAUGAGAAUAGCUCAAAGCUCUUUUACCCACAAAACUAUUUAAAACUUGGUCUCUGUUCGUCGACAGGCCUGAAGUAUAGUCCCACACUUAUUCAAUCAUAUCAGAUUCUAAACGAGCUGAAAGAUUGCCAGGACGGCAAAGCUGCUAUAGCUAAAGCAGCUAAAAUGAUCGCAGGAGUCUUGGAACUAGAUGUUGUUUAUGCCGUAGAAGUCCAUAUAACAGAGUCAUACUCUACGAGGUUAUCACGCUUCCCGUUUCCUACCGGCCAUAAGUUCCCAGAUAACAUAAGCAAACAAGAAAUAAUUGGGCGGUCUCGAAUCCUUGGCACACCCUCUGUGUCUAUUAAUUUCGUUGGGGGUUAUAACAUUCAAGAAGUAGUACAUAGAUUUGAUAACGACGUCCAUCAAACAGCCUUUGAUUCACCCUAUGGAAUACAGUAUAACUCUGCAAAGUAA